AUGAGUAAUUAUGGAAGUAAAACCCCUAGUGGGAAUUCAAGAAUUUAUAAUUGUGUCAAGUGUUCAAAAGCUUUCACAAGAGAAGAACAUUUAACUAGACAUAUUUUGUCCACUCACAACAAAUUAAAGCCGUUUGUUUGUGGGAUUUGUUCCAGACCAUUCUCCAGAAGAGACCUUUUGUUAAGACAUGCCAAAAACCUACAUGAAGGGCUGGAAAAAUCCAUUAGUAGGAUUAGAAAAAUUAAGCACAGUGAUCAAGAAGAUACCGAGCAGAAAUCAAGUUUGGAAAAUUUAGAGUCAACAAAUAUGAAUACAAUGAACAAUAUGAAAAUCUCCGGAACUCACAAGAGAUCUAAUAGUGAAGGAGGAUUAAAAACUAACGAUAAUGUAAAUGAAAUCGAAACUGGGAACAAUUUCAAGACAAAUGAAAAUUCAGCGAAUCAACCUGAUGGUAUUAACUAUAUUCAUUUGAACAUAAAUGAAUUAUCACCAUCAUCAAACCAACAACAAAAAUCUGAAUCAAAUAACAAAUUAAAAAUGUCAGUUAAUAUGUUGAUUACUUAA